CAUAUAUUUCAGAGGCUGCCUGCCUGUCAGGAGUCAGAAACUUGUCUUGUUCUCUUUUGGAGAAAGUGACAUUUUCGAUCCCAGGAAGCUUCUACUUUCCUGAUCUCAAAGGGCAACUUGGAGGUCUUUGCACUUUCUAUUGGGAGAGACGGAGAGAGAGAGAGACCAUGCUGCCUGCACAUCUGGGACAGAGCCCGGCGAUGCCUCUUCCCAUCGUGAUCAUAGGUAACGGUCCCUCGGGGAUCUGUUUAUCGUACCUGCUGUCUGGCAACAUUCCCUACGUCAAAAGAAAUGCUGUCCACCCAAAUCCGAUUUUGCAAAGGAAAUUGGAAGAGUCGUCCAACCUUUCCAUCUUAGACCAGGACAUUGAGUACCUAUCUGAAGGUUUGGAAGGACGUUCUUCCAGCCCAGUUGCUCUCCUUUUUGAUACCCUGCUGCGUCCGGAUACAGAUUUUGGGGGGACAUCGGAUUCGGUCCUUGCUUGGUGGCACCAACCGGAGCGAGCCGUCCCUCAUUUGGUGCUCGGCAAAAACCUGCCCGGAGGAGCCUGGCAUUCUAUUGAAGGCUCCAUGUUCACCUUGAGUCAAGGAGACUGGAUGGGGCUUCCUGGCCUUCCAUUCAAGGACUGGCUGAGUAAGAAGAAAAGGGGCUUCAGAAACAACAGGGCAACUGCGGGAGACAUUGUUCAGUAUUACCAGUACUACGUGGCAAAGAACGGACUCAAGAAGAACUUCCUCUGCGGCACUUUUGUGACGUCUGUGAAGAGACUAAGCACAGAUUCCGGCUACAGCGGUCAGGAUUCAAGGGACGACGGCUCUGUGUGGAAUUUUUCAGAGCAACAGCAAGAUGACUGCAAAACUGACCAUGGAAGUCUCUUCCAAGUGGAGGGGGUUGUCACGACCUUAAGUGGCUCGCAGCCCUUUUCUCUAUAUGCUGACAACGUGGUCUUAGCCACUGGGACCUAUGACAGUCCAUCCCGGCUCGGGGUGAAAGGCGAGCGCCUUCCUUUUGUCCACCAUUCGCUCUCUGCUCUGGAGGAAGCUGUGAAGAAGAAGGAAAUUGGCCCGAUGUCUGACCCGAUCCUGAUUGUGGGAGCGGGGCUCACGGCGGCAGACGCAAUCCUCUUUGCUCACCAUUGCAACAUCCCAGUGAUCCAUGCUUUUCGCAGGAAAGUGAAUGACCCUGCCCUCAUUUUCAACCAGCUCCCGAAAACAAUGUAUCCCGAGUAUCACAAAGUCCACCAGAUGAUGAAGGAGCAGGCUGUCUCUCAUCCGGGACCGUACGGGUGUUACGUCAGUCUCCCUGAGCAUCACAUUGUCUCCUUCACGGAGGACCAGAAGUGCAUCUUCCGCGACAAAAGCCACCGCCAGAAGAUACACAACAUCUCCAUGGCUUUUGUCCUCAUCGGCUCCAACCCCAACCUGUCCUACCUCCCCAACAAUGGGGUGGACUUGGCGAUCGAUUGCGAGCAGCCCGUCAGCUCCAAGAGGAACCCCGUCGACGUUGAUCCCUUCACUUAUGAAUCCGUUCAUGAGAAGGGACUCUAUGCCAUGGGGCCACUUGCUGGGGACAACUUUGUGCGCUUUGUCCAAGGCGGGGCUUUGGCCAUUGCUAGCUCUGUGCUGAAGAACGUCAACAAGAACCCUCCAUAACCCUCGGUGGUGGUCCCCUCUUCUCCAGAGGAAGGUACUGAGAUCGUCGAGAGGAAGAGGGGCACCGAAGAGAUUGAAGAGUCUUUUCCGAUGCAAAGUCUCUCCCCUUGUUGCCCUCUCUGCAUUUGCUUUGAAGAGCUGAGUUUCAGACCCCAAGAAGCGGAAAGUGAGGAGUUGGCGAGGUUGACCGUUUCCAUGUCACAAUUGGUGGAGAUGGGCUACGGCACACAAAUGGAUGGCUCCAAGUGCUCCUUAACUAUAGAUAACAUUGCUGGGGAUUUCUUAAUUUAAAUCUCACUUUAUGGAUGGUCUCCUAUUAUGCGUGUUCUCCCAACCUUCCAAAUAUGGCAGUAAGAUGAAAGUGUCACUCAAAGAAUGACAUGUCGCAAGGGGAAUGAAUACUGAUGGAAGGAUAUAACUAGGACAGUUUUUUUCGUGUCAGGAGUAACUUGAGUCACUUCUGGAGUCAGAGAAUUGGCUGUCUGCAAGGAUGUUGCCCAGGGGACGCCCGGAUGUUUUGAUGUUUUUACCAUCCUUGUGGGAGGCUUCUCUCAUGUCCCCGCAUGGAGCUGGAGCUGAUAGAGGGAGCUCAUCCGCACUCUCGAACCUGGCAGCUUUCAGGUCAGCAACCCAACCUUCACGUCACUUAGUCCACUACGCCAUCUGGGGGUAGGACAGUGGUUCCCAAACUUAUUUGGCCUACCGCCCCCUUUCCAGAAGAAAUAUUACUCAGCGCCCCCUGGAAAGGGGGUGUGUGGCUUAGAGGGGUGGGCGUGGCUCCUGCACAAGGGGGCGGGGCUAAGCCUCUCCCCUAUUCCAAGAUGCAGGGCUGGGAGGGGGAGGUGGGCAGGGCCACAAAUGGGCGGCCAGGACUGGGAUGUGUGGAGUUGUGAGCUCUGAGGUAGGGCUGAGCUUCUAUCCCUGUCCUGCGGCACCUGCCAGGACACAAGAGGCGGGACGAGAGGAGGGGGCGUGGCCUCUAUACCCCACCCCGUGUUCUAACAAGCGCCUCAGGGGAGAUAUACAGUGGCUCUUGGGAAGAGGCCCCGCCCCACCCCUAGCCCCGCCCUUUAGUCCUAAAAGUCCUCUCAGAAGAGGUAUAGAUGCUCAGCCCUAUCUCUCGCUCUUGGGAAGAGGCCCCGCCCCACCCCUAGCCCAACUUUUAGUCCUAAAAGGCCUCUCAGGAGAGGUAUAGAGGCUCAGCCCUAUCUCUCGCUCUUGGGAAGAGGCCCCGCCCCACCCCUAGCCCAGCUUUUAGUCCUAAAAGGCCUCUCAGGAGAGGUAUAGAGGCUCAGCCCUAUCUCUCGCUCUUGGGAAGAGGCCCCGCCCCACCCCUAGCCCAACUUUUAGUCCUAAAAGGCCUCUCAGGAGAGGUAUAGAGGCUCAGCCCUAUCUCUCGCUCUUGGGAAGAGGCCCCGCCCCACCCCUAGCCCAACUUUUAGUCCUAAAAGGCCUCUCAGGAGAGGUAUAGAGGCUCAGCCCUAUCUCAGGCUCUUGGAAGGAGGCCCCGCCUCGUUCCCUAGCUCCGCCCUCUGUGUCCCAACAAGCGCCUCAGGAGAGGUAUAGAUUCUCAGCCCUGUCUCAGGCAAUUGGGAAGAAGCCACGCCCACUCUAGCUCCGCCCCCUGUGUCUUAACAGGCACCUCAGGUGCUCAGCCCUGUUUUGGGCUCUUGGGAAGAAGCCAUGCCCACUCUUCUAGCUCCGCCCCUGUGUCCUAAUAGGUGCCAUCACCGCCCCCCUGGAUCGCUGCAGUGCCCACCAGGGGGCGGUAGCACCCAAUUUGGGAAUCACUGAUCUAGGAGUUGUUUUUAGUCCUAGAUACGAAGAAAUGUGCAAUGAUGGCAUUCUCCCCCAUAUAAAUACAGUAGAGUCUCGCUGAUCCAACGUAAACGGGCCGGCAGAAUGUUGGAUAAGCAAAUAUGUUGGAUAAUAGGGCGAGAUUAAGGAAAAUCCUAUUAAACAUUAAAUUAGGUUAUGAUUUUAUAAAUUAAGCACCAAAACAUCAUGUUAUACAACAAAUUUGGCAGAAAAAGUAGUUCAAUACACAGUAGUAAUUACUGUAUUUACGAAUUUAGCACCAAAAUAUCAUGAUGUAUUGAAAAUAUUGACUACAAAAAUGCGUUGGAUAAUCCAGAACGUUGGAUAAGCGAGUGUUGGAUAAGUGAGACUCUACUGUAGAUGAAUUUAUUCCCACUCUGGAGAAUACCAUGUUAUACUGGCCAGCCAUUUAAAGAAGUGGAAGUGGUAGAUCUUGUUCCGCACUUCUUGGUUGAGGACACAGGGCUUCAAAGCCAGGUUUUGAAAGAGCGAAGCACUUAAUGUUCUCUGUCCGGAUAGGCAAGUCUCGCCCCCAGUUUCUUCAAAGAUCAAUGUGUGAGGAAAUGUGUAUGUUUGAUAAGUUUGAACCAAGUGAAAUGGGUCUCUCGCCAACCUGUAUCCCAUCGGGUGUUAUUGGACUGCAUUUCCCUUCCCUUCUCGCUGUUGGCUUUGCUAGCAAGGGGCUGAUAGGAGCUGCAGUCCAACACGAUUCUCAUUUGUACCAAAGCCUAUAUGCUUCCCUAAAGGUAAAAGCCCACAGAUGCCGAGUUUGAGGAGUUUUGCAAACCUCUGGCGGAUACGGUACAGAAAUCUCAGGAAAUUCAGAUAUUUCCUCUUGUAUAUCGGUGCCAACCUUAAAGCUCUGUGCUGCGAUUUAUCUGUUCAAAACUAAACAUGCUGCUGAUUUUUUUUAAAGCAAACUAUUUUAUAAAAAAAAGUUUUAUAUAUAUAUAAAUGUGUGUAUAUGUUUUUGUAAACAACUAUUUUUAAAUAAAAAGAUUCUAAUGUUCUAUAAA